GACGUGGCCGUGGUGCAGCUGCUGCGUUCAAGUGGCGCAGUGUCCCGUCUGGAGGCAGAGCGGGCGAAGUUUCACUCUCUGCAUUGCAGCCUGAGCGCUGCCGGAAUCCAACACAACAAUGGCGACUCCCAGUCCUGACAGCAACUCCACAAGCUCCAGCAACAUUGUAGGAUCCACGUCGCACCAUUUCCACCAGCAGACACAGAGCAGCAGCAUGCAAGAAACCAACACCUGCUGGAGAUGUCAAAAUGAAACAGGGUUUCAGAUAAGCCUGUCUGGAUUGUCCCAAAGUAAACGUAAAGCUCUGAAGCUGAAUUUCGCCAACCCUCCAGUGAAACCAGCCUCCAGGCUCCCGCUCAAUCCAACGCCUCCCUCUUUCCAGAACCCGCACAUAGAGCGUCUGCGGACACACAGCAUCGAGUCGUCGGGGAAGCUGAAGAUCUCUCCAGAGCAGCAUUGUGACUUCACUGCAGAGGAUCUGAGAGACCUCGGGGAGAUCGGUCGCGGGGCGUAUGGCUCCGUCAACAAGAUGGUCCACAAACCCACGGGCCAGAUCAUGGCUGUCAAGAGGAUUCGCUCCACUGUGGAUGAGAAGGAGCAGAAGCAGCUGCUGAUGGAUCUGGACGUGGUGAUGAGGAGUAGUGACUGUCCCUACAUCGUUCAGUUCUACGGCGCUCUCUUCAGAGAGGGGGACUGUUGGAUUUGUAUGGAACUUAUGUCUACCUCAUUAGACAAAUUCUACAAAUAUGUAUAUUGUGCGUUAGACGACGUCAUUCCAGAGGAAAUAUUAGGCAAAAUAACAUUAGCGACCGUUAAAGCACUGAACCACUUAAAAGAAAACUUGAAAAUAAUUCACCGAGACAUCAAACCUUCCAACAUUCUCAUGGACCGAAGGGGAAAUAUCAAGCUGUGUGAUUUUGGCAUCAGCGGUCAGCUGGUGGACUCCAUAGCCAAGACCAGAGAUGCAGGCUGCAGGCCUUACAUGGCGCCUGAGAGGAUAGACCCCAGUGCUUCCAGACAAGGCUACGAUGUCCGCUCUGAUGUGUGGAGUUUGGGGAUCACCCUGUAUGAGCUGGCCACAGGACGGUUCCCUUACCCCAAGUGGAAUAGUGUUUUUGAUCAGCUGACACAAGUGGUGAAGGGUGAGCCUCCCCAUCUCAGCAACUCAGAGGAGAGGCAGUUCUCCCCCAAGUUCAUCAACUUUGUUAACCUCUGCCUUACAAAGGAUGAAUCAAAAAGGCCAAAGUACAAGGAGCUGCUGAAACGUCCCUUCAUCCUGAUGUAUGAGGAGCGGUUCGUGGACGUCGCCAGCUACGUCUGUCGCAUCCUGGAUCAGAUCCCCGCCUCUCCCAUCUCUCCUAUGUACGUUGACUGAUGGAGUUAGGCUGGGGGAGCGAGGGGGAGGGCGGGGGGUGGCGAGAUCACCCAACAUGCAGUGGGUGGGACACUAAGCUUUGUGAUGCAACGCUUGACAUCUUAGCCCUCAGAGUUAACGUAGGAUCACCUGUUUAUUCAUGCGUUCCAAAGAACAAGGGAACUAAGUCCAAAUUGCCCGGUGCAAUGAGAUGAUAUUGUUAAACCCUUCCACCUCCCAUCACCUCAUUUUAAAGUCGGUGAAACCUAAAAUAUUAUCACCCAUCUUCACCCAGAAAAACUUGAAGACAUAACAUUGUCUUAGUCAAAUGCAAUGCAUCUUUUUAUGUGAGGUAAAAGAAAUAGAGUAUACAUAUAUGGUAUAUAUAUACUUGAACUCGUACACAAAUACAGAAUCUACCAAAUAAAAUGUUGAACAGUGACACUCAUGAUGUAUGAACAAAAAUAGCCACAUAUUGGAUUGUACAUUGUGGACUGUAUGUAUGCAUAUGUGUGUUCACCUCUGAAUUGUUGACCUGUACAGAUGUAUGCCGAUAGACCUACUGUCUAAACACACACACACACACACACACACACACACACACACACACACACACACACACACACACACACACUCACACUCUUUUCAAGCAGUUUGUUGUGGUCACUCAUGGUAAAUGCAAAAAGUGUUCUCUCUGGAAAGCUCAUGGAUUCGGUAGCGUGGCUUUACUUUUUUCCCCCCAAUAUGCAAUCUGUGAGAGUUUGUCUUGACACAUUAUUAGGACAUGUACAUUUCUCACAGUCAGCGUUGGCCCCAGUUUGUACACUUUGUACACCGUCAUUGGAGUCACGGAAAGACCAUAAUAUCAUCUAGCAAGGCUGAUGGCAGUUUUAAUGGUAUUUGCAGAAUCACUUAACGCCUCUUCUAUCUAUCUGGAUCAAACUAUAUUUUGUAUACAGUGAAAAGAAAGUAUGUUUCCCAGCAGACUGUUUCCUAAUCCCAAAAAAUCAUUGUCUUUGGAAAUGUCGGGUUAAGGAUUGUUAGCAUUGUAUCAAAAUGGAAUCUUUUUGAAUGUUCUGAUAAUGUUUUGCUUUCAGUAUUUGCAAGUAACUAAAGGUAUAAAUAAGUAAACAAACUCAAAGAUCAUUUGUUGGCUGAGAAAGCAAGGAAGGGCUGCACGUAGUCUUUACCAGGUUCGAUUCCAAGCUGCCCCCCUCGCCCCCCUUCCCUGUCUGUCGUCAUCUGUUCUAUCAAAAUAAAGGCACAAAAGCCCCAAAAAUGUCUUAAAAAAACAGAAAGCAAGGUAUUUGGCUUAGUACAGACACCAGCUGAAAGAUGUUAACCAGACAUAAGCCAACAGUUGACUUUAAUUAGCAUUAAGUAGCGACAGCUAACUGAAUCUGUUGCUGGUGAUUUGUGAUGUUUGUAGUCUUAACCAGCCAGAAUGAGGAUCAACACAGCUACAAACGUACCACCUAAAUGUUUCCUGUAUUACUCUUUGCUAAUAUAAGAGAGGAAGAGGAGAGAGAAGAGCUUUCAGUAAAACAUUUGUUAGCGUUGGAGUUGAGACUGAGCUGUGAGACUCAACCUUACAGAAAUGACAUAUCAACAAUUUUGUACAGCAUAAAACUAACAUUACAUAUACAGUACAUCUGCUAAAGUAAACCAACUGAAUGUUGCUUUAUGUUGUACAAAAGAAAGCACAGAGGUAUGUCAUUUCUGAAUAUCAUUUGCAUCUUUCUUUGGAUUAGGAAAUAAAGUUGCGAAUGGGGAAGCAGGUUAAAAAUCUUUAUUUUAUGGACAGAAUAUUUUAGAAUCCAGGUGGACAAAAGAGUCUUUGAAUAUUCAAAGAAAACCAUUUGAUCUACAGCAAAUGUUGUUAAAUGAUCCUCUGGGUUUUUCCGAGGUUUUCUGUGAUUAAUCCAGAAAAACAGAAUAUGCACAAACUGAGGCUAAUUAAAUGCUACAUUGUUACUUUAGGACAUCGCGUCCACCGAUGUAAAUGUGUAUGUAUAUAGUACAUCUAAUCUGCUGUUCCUGGCAGGGCCUGCUCGACCGUUACGGCUCAUUCCUAAACAGAGAAAACCAAAUGAAACUGUGAGCAGAUUUGAAGCUGGGCGAAGACUGACAAUGUGUCUGUACGUUUCAGUUUGAGAAUGAGCCCGAAUGCUCCUCCGCAGCCCGUCAUAGCACUGUACAGCUCAACUGCUCAUCCACACUGAUCACAGGUGCACCGUGCUGCCACACAGAGGCAGACAGUAGUAACUGCAUUGUUUAAAGUCCUGGCAAGGGUUUCAUGUUGAGAGAAAGGACACCCAUCAAUGCUGCUAAAUGACAUCAUUCUGUACCAACCACACAACUGUCAGGAGAGGAGGAUCACCCUUCCUCACACAGUUACUGCUCUUUGACCCUUAAGGUCUCCAUGGACUCAGCAUGUUCCUCCGUGACUCGGCAUGUCUCUGGCUUGCACUGAUGAUAGAAUGUUUCCCACGCCAAACCAUGUAUUACACUCGGGAUGCAUCUCUAGUCUUAAACGCGUUCCCACGCCUGUGAUGUGAUUACAGAUUACCACACCAGGCAGGUGAAGUGGAGGACGCAACGUGAGACUAUUGAGAUCCAUCCGCUGUCAUUCCCUCACAGAAAGCCACGUCUACCGGGCGGUAGUUGGUGGACAAACCACACAACUUGGAGUUAGCUACUUAACCAAACUGUCUGUAUGGAUGGUGGUCCUUUAAGACUGGGACACUGUAGAGACUUGUAAUGUAACAAAUUGCCUUAAAGGAUAAGGAUGGCCUUAUUUAUAUUUUUCUUUUUUGUCAACAAAUCUCAUUAAUAUAGCGUUGAAUAUUGCCCGUCUUAUCCUUUAACCUAGCAAAUACUAAUAAUGGAAAGUAACUGAAUGUAACAUAGCGUAUACGAUAAUAAGCCAAGAGUAUGCAGUAAUCUAAGUCAUCUGUUGACUGUCACAUGAUACAAGGAUGAUAUUUUAUGUGUCAGAGUAUUACUAUUAUUGUUAACUCACAGCUUAAUGUGUUUUCAGCAUUGACUGACAUUGUCACAUUUCAAGUUUUGAUUGUAUAUUUGGCUUUUUUUCCCACUGUAUGCUUUAUUACAUUUAGUUUCAUUGCAUUAAAGGAAUUGUCUUACUUAAAGGGUCACUCCAGCGAUUUUAGUAUUGUACUUUCAUAACAUUGGGAGUCUUGCAAGAGACUGAUUAAAAACACAGUGGUCCAAAUGGAUGCAGCAGAGGCCAAGAUCAUAUGGGGAAGGCUCCAAAACCAAAAAGAAUAACUCUUAUGAAAUCAUUAGGUUGUUUUCUUAGACUUGACAAAGCUGCUCCAGAGCCACAGAGGACAUUUUAUGACUGAAUAGUACUCCUGAUGAUUGGUGAAAUUCACUGGAGUGCCCCUUUUAUGUUUUACUUAAAAUUCUAUGACAUGGGCCUCUACAGAUGUCAGCCAUGUUGGAAAAUGGCCACCAUCAUUGGGAUGUGUGGAGGAGUUUGGGGACAGACUUGUUGAAUACUUAUUGGGAAGGGGGUAAAACAUUACAACCAAGUUGGUGGAGAUGCAGUGUAGACCAGACAUGAUUCUCUCUACAGGUCAAAUGGAGAAUUGUGUCAGCUCUGUUGUUUCCAUUUCUAUCUGUAAUGCAAAAUGGUGCAAACCCCGGAGAGAGCCCACAGUCUCAUGUGACCCAACAGACGGAGUCGUUUCACUGCAGUCUCCAGAUCUGUUCUUCUCUCAUGGGAUACAUUUCCAGGAAGCUAAUUUACCACUGGUGAAUAUGAAUCUCCAGGGUACAUGUUGUAUAAAAUGCAAUUUACUAGAAUGUUCAUAUUAGAUUAUAAAAUAAUAUUAAGGGCGAUGAAUAUUAUAUUGUAUCUUUAUCAACGGUUACAAAUAAAGUUCCCAUUGAAAAGAUUAAAA